UCGGAAAAAAAGAAAAAAAAUCAUCUUUUCAUUUUCGUUCUCUAAUUCAUCCCAUCUAACAUCAUACCCAGAUCAGCAAUUUUGUGAUUUGAAUCGAUGAAAGAAAGAAUGAAUGAUUAUAUAGAGAUUAAUUAAUAUCUCAAUGCGCAUGUUGAAUUUGUUAGAGGAUUGUUGUGACAAUGUCGAAUUUGUACGGUGAUUACAACCAGAAGAUCGAUUACGUGUUUAAGGUUGUAUUGAUUGGUGAUUCUGCAGUUGGAAAAACUCAAUUACUCGCUCGUUUUGCAAGAAACGAAUUUAGCGUUGGUGCUAAAGCCACAAUUGGGGUUGAAUUUCAAACCAAAACUUUAAUUAUUGAUAAUAAAACUGUUAAGGCUCAAAUAUGGGAUACUGCUGGUCAAGAAAGGUACCGGGCAGUUACUAGUGCAUACUAUCGAGGUGCAGUUGGUGCAAUGUUAGUUUACGACAUGACAAAGCGUCAAUCAUUUGAUCACAUGGCCAGAUGGUUAGAAGAAUUGAGAGGUCACGCCGACAAAAACAUCGUCAUCAUGCUAAUUGGCAACAAAUGCGAUCUUUCUAGUCUUAGAGCAGUUCCAACCGAAGACGCAGAGGAGUUUGCACAAAGAGAGAACCUCUUCUUUAUGGAGACAUCAGCGCUUGAAUCAACCAACGUUGAAACAUGUUUUUUAACUAUUUUAACCGAAAUAUACCGAAUCAAUGCAAAGAAACCACUCAGUGCUAACGACGAUAUGGAUCAAACUUCAGCACUUAUGAAGGGAAGUAGGAUAAUUGUUCCUGGUGAAAUGGAUGGUGGUGGAAAGAAGGGUUGCUGUUUUGCCUCUUAGGGUUUUUUUUUUGUAUAAUUUGAUUCUUCUUGGGAAGCAUAUUUUUCACUCAAGUUCUGCUUAGGUUUGGAAGUUUUUAGAGAGGUUAAUUAGUUUUCUCUUUAGUUUUCCUAUUAGGCAUUAGCCACACUGAGGUUAUGUAUUUAACUAUGUUAAUACAACUUGACACUUCAUUAUUAGGAAUGAAG